AUGGCUAAUCGUACAGUUAAGGAUGCGAAGUCUAUACGAGGUACAAACCCACAGUUUUUGAUUGAGAAAAUUAUCAGAUCUCGAAUUUAUGAGUGUAAAUAUUGGAAAGAAGAGUGUUUUGCCCUUUCAGCAGAACUAAUCGUCGAUAAAGCAAUGGAGUUAAGAUAUAUAGGAGGUAUUUAUGGAGGUAAUAUCAAACCUACUCCAUUUCUAUGCCUUACUUUGAAAAUGUUACAGAUUCAGCCUGAAAAGGAUAUUGUAGUUGAGUUUAUUAAAAAUGAAGAAUUUAAAUAUGUCCGUGCCUUAGGUGCAUUGUAUAUGAGACUAGUAGGCUCCUCAAUAGAAUGUUAUAAAUAUUUAGAACCUCUUUUAAAUGACAGCAGAAAACUGAGGCAUCAAACACGAGAAGGUGAAUUUGUACUGGUACAUAUGGAUGAAUUUAUUGAUGCACUUUUACAUGAAGAAAGAAUGUUUGAUAUCAUUUUACCAAGAAUGCAGAAGAGACAUGUAUUAGAAGAAGCUAAUGAACUUGAACCAAGGAUUUCUGCAUUAGAUGAUGAUGCAGAUGAUAACAUGGAAACCUCGGGUGAUGAAGAUGAAUUGCCUCCUGAAAAACCUACAAAGAGGGAAGACAGAAAAAGAUCACCCCAAAGGAAAGAGAGAGAUAGGAGUAAAGAAAGAGACAGGAAACAUAGAGAUAGAGAAAGGGACCGUGAGCGUGAAAGGGAAAAUAUUCGUGCUGAUAGAGACCGGGAAAAAUAUAGGGAAAGGAGUAGAAGUAGGGAGAGGAGACAUCGGUCAAGAACACCUGAAAGAAGAGAGCGGAGAGAUAGAAAAGAAGAAAGGACUAAAUCAAGAAGAGAUCAUGAACGUCAUGAAAGGGACGAUAGAAGAAGAGAGAGAGGUCAUAGAAAUAAAAAUGUGUAUGGAUAA